AUGGAUGAUGAAAGCAAGGAGGUGCAACUUUAUCUAGUUGUGUCCAAGGUUGAUGGGCAGCAGCAGGCUGCGGUUGUAGUAGAAAAGAAGCUUAUGCGUGAAAUGAAUAUAACAAGGCAUGACAUAAGACCUGAAAGUUUUCUUUCUGAAAUCCACAAACGGAAAGAGCAGUAUUCUGGUACCAUAAUGAAUCAAUUGCGCCGUCUUGGUGCCUCACUUGAUUGGUCUCGCGAGCCUAGUUUUUCACAAGCUAUGGGUGAUUUAUUCCCUUGCAGAGAUUAUCACCUUCUGAAUUGGGACUGCACACUUUUAACUUCAAUUUCUGACAUAGAGGUUGAUCAUAUAGAUCUUAAAGAAGAAACAAUGUUAAAGAUCCCUGGUUAUGCUGCUCCUGUACAGUUUGGACUAGGUGAGAUUAUUGUUGCAACAACUCGAAUUGAAACAAUGCUCGGUGAUACAGCAAUAGCUGUUCAUCCUGAGGAUAGAAGGUACCAGCAUCUGCAUGGACGGUAUGCAGUCCACCCCUUCAAUGGCCGAAAACUCAAAAUAAUCUGUGAUCCUGAAUUUGUUGAUCCCACUUUUGGUACUGGGGCUGUCAAGAUUGCACCUGCCCAUGAUCCAAAUGACUUUGAGGUUGGACGACGGCACAACCUUCAGUUCAUAAAUAUCUUCACAGAUGAUGGGAAAAUAAACAGCAAUGGAGUUGCACAAUUUGAAGGAAUGCCAAGAUUCACUGCUCGAAUUUGUGUUACUGAGGCAUUGAAGUCAAAGGGCUUGUACAAGGGUACAAAGAAGACAGAAAUGACUUUGGCCAUUUGUUCAAGAACCAAUGAUGUAGUGGAGCCUAUGAUAACACCCCCCCCCAGUGGUUUGUUAAUUGUAACACCCUGGCGAAGGUAG